UUGACGUUAUCGUUACAAGGCGGCUGAGUAAUUUUGCAGCUAAUUCAAUAAGAAAGGUAACUUAAUUAAAUAAGAACACAAAUUAACUGAGAACAGGUAUUCUACCAAAUUAAAAGAGACUAGGAUAGAAUAAAAAUUUUAUUGUGUAAAAUUUGAUUAUUUCAGUAUUCUCAGAGUUAUCAACCAAACCAAAUUUCAGUUAGCUUUGAUAUUCCUGAUUUUUUCUAUAUUUCAAUCCUUUUUGCAAAUCAAUCCUUAAAGUCCCACUAUAGCUUCAGCGCUUGUUGUUUUAUCUUUGCUCGUUUUAUUCACUAUCUAGAAUAUUCCCCAUAUUAUAAAGAUUUUUCGACACAUUCUUCAUCAAUCUCAGCCAUCAAGUUGCUACAUGCGCGUGUAAAGAGUAUUUAUCAAAUUGAUCAAAAUAACAAUUAUCACUAUUUCAAAAUAUAUUACUUUUUGACUUGUGUGUUGAACGAACAUGCAACUACUAUGGCGAAACGAGCGGGCCUGUUAAAAGCUCUCCAAAAAUAUGGGUUUUAUGUUUCUCAUCACUGAAAGUAUUCUGUCAUCCAACGCAUGUCCUAUUGGAAAUGGUAAAGGAACCGAAGUCAAACUGCUUUGAAAGUUGUUGUGAUUGAAAUUUAACAGGGUUUGCGAAACCAUUUGACUCUGUCCUACAUAAUUUGGAUACUUUAAGCUUAUUUCCUCAUGGUUUUAUAGCUAUGAAGACGCACAUUUCAUGUGCAUAUUCAUCUUUUAAAGUGAAAACAGGGCCUAUAGUAUUUUUUAGAAUACUUAUAUAAGCUCGUGCUUCAUGAUGUACGCAAAGAUUGAUACUUGUUUCAAAUAUGUAAGUUCAUUUGUUAAUUAUAAGGUCAUUGUGUGAAGAAAGUAAGAUGAAAAUGAAAUGAGUCAAAUUUGUCAAAUGAAAAGAUGAUUACAGUUAUAGUUCUCAGAUUAGUUGCAAUAUUUUAAGAUUUUAUGCGACUACCCUGCAGAGAAUUCAAUGCAGAAAUUUUUCACAAAUUUUCCAUAAAGCUAAAUAAGCUCUUUUGGGCCGACAAACCAAUAAGCUAUUGGUCAUCGUGUUUCUUAUGAAACAAAAACGAUUAGGCCAGCCUGUUUAUUGUCUCUCUUAACAUGCAAAAAGAGGGGAGAAAUAUAUUUCUUUAGCCUUCAGGAAUAUUUAUUGAAAUGAAAAUAUGGAAGUCGAAAAGUGGAGUCAAUGGACAUGCUUAAUUAAUGGUAGUAUCUACAAUUAGCAAAGUGAUUCGUUAAGGGUUGCUAAAGUCUCAUCAUUGCAAACAUUGCAAUUUCAAUGCGUUCGUUAGCAAUCUUUUAUCUGAUUUUCCUUUGUAACCCAUCUCCAAGUAAAUGGCUUUGAAAAAAGCAAACAUUUAGUAAACUAAAGCUUUUCGUCUGACACUCUUUAGAGUUUAAAACGUCAGAACAUAGAUCUAAAACUCUACGCUAAGAAAAGAAACAUAAGGACAUAUUUUAGGUGGUAAGCACAUUAAAGGUUCAAACUUUGGUUUUGUCUAUCAUUAGCUGUUGAACUUAACAGUAAUAUGUAUUGUGAGUAGGCUGUUGGAUGGAUAAUGAAACUGAACAUUUAGGUUUAUUGACACAGUCUAACAAGUUGACAAGAAUUCUACUUUCCAUAUCAUUUCCUACUCAUUCUUGAAAUUUGAAAAUCUGUAAAAAUUGACAUUUCCUUAGGUUUAUUCAACUGGUUUAGAGAUUGCUUCAAACAUAUUUCGAAUCCUUAUUCAUCUUUUAGCCUUUUUGCUCGUUCAGUAAACAUGUAUGCAAAGAAGUUGUUCUCUGCAUGAUAGCUUAACGCUCCACAGACUUUGCUUAGCAGUAUUCGGAGGAUGAAGUCUUGCUAUGAUGAAGUACUGCGCAGUUUUAAUAUCUAGAUAUCAGGAUGGAAAGUUCACCUGUCCUAGUCUUAUUUGCUGUUGUAUACAGGGAAACAUCCCAUACGCUCUGAUUAUCAACAGAAUUAUAAGGUAAGAAUGAAGCAAUCUGUAUCAAUGUCAAAUCGUUGAUAGGCUUCUUGGGUGUUAAGGCAGAUGUUACAUUGAUCAGCAAAAUAGUCUGUGUCAAGCAAUUAUCGAGGUAAUGACUAUGACUGACAAAACCACGAAUAAUGUCCACUUUCUCCUGUUCUCAAUAUUAAAAUGAUUGAUAAUAAUCUUGUUCACUUUCACGUUGUUCGUUCAUUGUCUACACUCUAAAUUUGAUUCAGCUCUCAUUUUCUCAGAUUUAAUCGACGACUUGAGUAUGCAUCUGUUUCUACCCGUAAAAUUUUUCAGAAAUAAACAGCUGUCUGUUUGCUAUUUAAAUUAUAAGAGUUGCUUCUGCAUGUAUUUCUUGAAGUGGACAACAACAAAAUAUGCUUCGCAACUUCACGUUAGCAUUAAAUGCAAAUAUGAUUCUUUCUGUAGUGCUAUGGUUGAUUUUAACGUUUGUGAAGAGCUCACAAUCCCAGUACACUGUAGCCCAAGCUGAAGACUGCAAACAAGGCUUUAAAGCUGUUGGCUCUGGACUUAUAGAGAGCUUUUUCAGCUGCCCAACAAUCAUUGUUUGCAAUCAACACUGCCUCCGAAAAUCAAGCUGCAUUGCCACAAAUUUUCAAUUUCCUGCGACUGGAGAAGCAGGGAGAUGUGAGCUAUUGCUGCCACAUACAUUGACAAAAGGAGGAGCGGUACGACUAGAGAAUCAUGAGCGAACAGUUUAUACAAAACUUCGCAAGUUUAGUAAAUAUGAAAUUAAACACGAGGAAGCAGCAUCAUUAUUGAAGCAUAUGUCAAAGGACUCCUCGUUGUCACUUCCAACAUUGGAGACAAGCAGCACUUUAGAGAGCGUCAAAGCAUCAUCUGCAAUGGAAGUGCUCACAGAUAGACAGCACAGUAACACCCAACUUGAGACGAGUUCUACGCUCCUGAUGUCAUCUUCCAAAGGCAUUUUAAAGAGUGAAUCCUCUGGAACUUUGUCUAGUUCUACUCUUGCAGGAACGUCCUUGAACCCAAGCGUGACAACUCCCUCCCUUACAAACUACUACUCAGCAGUCUUGAAAACUACGACUCAGCAGAGCUCAACACUAUCAACUAGCUUGGUUUACUUUGCACAUUCUUCCUCUACACCUAGGCCAACGCUGUCUGCAUCAGAGCCCAGCAGUGCUUUUAGCCCCAGUUUAAAACUGCUGACUAAUUCCAUUGUGAACGAAACAGUUAUUUCUAUCUCCUCUGGAAUAACACGGUCAACAGUUGAUAUUGAAAUUGACUCUUCUGUUCACGAAUCUGAAGUGUCGUUUCUACCAAACGGACCAGAAUCGACAUAUAUUGCUACGACCUAUGUCUCCUCUUCUCAAGAAAGACAGCAAUCUGAUACAGAUGUGCUCAUAAAGCCAACCGUUUCAACUUCUGCUGCUAUCCUGUCAACCGCUGCGGCUUUUCCUUUCACAGAUGAAGAACUGGCUAGUUCCCUUUCUCCAAAAAACAGCAAGACAAUGCAAGAUAAGAGUUACUUUACGAGCUCAAAGGUGGCCCUUGCUACGUUUGUUACGGAAAUGAUAGCAACAAAAUCAGUAUCUUCUAAUGCCAUCGAUAGCACAAACUCUGCAAAAGAAUUGGCAACUUCUCAAUCAGAACUAACAGUAUCACAAAUGCAUGCGAAUUCGAUUUCCUUUGCGAAAACGAUGAAUCCUAGCAUUGACAAAGCAGUUGCUUCUUUAAAGGUUGUGCCAACCGUUGAAACAACCGAAACCGUAAGCAUUUCGUCACCUUCAGUGCCAACCACUCUGUUAACAAGCGAAGCAGCUGAUACGUUCCCGCAACUGACAACGUCCUCAACCGAAACUGACAUGAAUUCGUCCCUUUCGGUGAUGCAAAAUACUGCACUUGAGAGCUCUAGCUAUUCAACGUCCUUACAGAGCAUAGCAUCAACAUUACAGGCGCAAUUACAGGCACAGUCAGUACUGUUAAACACCGCUAUAAGCAGCAUAGACUCGACUUUCUCGGCGACUGCUGCUUCAGCAAGCACGUCACAAGUUCCAACACAAUCACCACCCUGCUCAUUGGAUGCCACGACAGGCAAGUGUUUUAAUUUCUCUUCGCAAUUUCACACGUGGCCCAAUGCAGUCCAAGACUGUCAGCUUAGAAAUGGCUAUCUAGCAAUAAAGGUGGAUAAAGACGAGCGGAAGUUCCUUAACGAGUUACGUGGAUUGAAGUCAAUUCAAGAGACAGAAUUUUAUGUUGGAUUAUAUAAGGCUGUUGAUGGAAGUGCAACCUGGGUCGAUGGAACAUCGGCAUCAGUCACCCUCUUGGAUGAAGUAAUCGUUGCCACUCAGUGCACUUUGCAACACUGUUGUGGAAAAAUCUAUAUCGAAGAAGAGGAAACGAAGUUCACAUUGGCAUUGCAAUCAGACUGUAAUGCUGCACGUAGAUUUGUCUGCGAGUGGGCAACCAAUUAAUGAGAAGUUUAUGUUUGAUAAGAUUGUAAAAUACGAUUCCGGGAAUGCAAUCCACAAGUAUUCAGCCGGCAAAAGCUGCAGUAAUGCUUUGAUAGUAGUAAAUUAGGUAGCUCUAGAAGCAACGACUUUAAGCUAAUACUCUAAGCAAAAUGAAUCGUAGCUCCAAGAUGCAAGUUUUGCAGUUUGGAUUGUUUGAAGAACUACAGAUUUAAUGGUUUGCAAAACAAGCAAUCGGAUAUUGUAUGAAAUCUGUUUGAAUGUAAUAAAUCCUUGCAUCUGCUAUAGUAAAAUUAAGCUUUGUUGCUCCGAUGUGGCCUAAAUAACAGUCACAGAAUAGAGUGGUUUAAAAAUUAGAGAUGGAGUUUUUUACAUGUAUACGCCUUGUUAUACGCUCAGCCACUAGCUUGAAUCAAAUAGCUACGUAUGGUAUGUGCUGCGAGGGCAAAUCUCAGCUUCGAAGGAAAGCUAAGAGCCCUCCGCAGGUACAUUCCCUCUCCCCAACACGGAUUCUUCCCCUGUUGAAGAACCUUUUGCCUUCAGAUUUGACAUCUAUACUCCUCGUCGCUACUGUUGUUGUCAUAAGAAAAAGUAAAAACAAAACAACUUUGAUAAAUGCAGAGUCAAAAGUGCUAUCGCUGCUUUGCAUAAGACUUACUUUAUUUUUAGUAGAAACUGAAUUACUGUAGAGAGUGAACCUAUAACUAGCCUUUUUACCUAUGAGGAAGAAGCUUAUUGUUAGAAUGUGAGAGCAAGUUCAAUGAGACGCCUAUUGAUUCUUAGCAAUCUCUAAGUUUCUUAGCUAACACAACAUUUUCAAGUGCAUUGUUAUACACUUUGACCGCUUUCCAAGUCCCUGCCCCUAAAAUUAAAAAAAGUGUCUAUAUUAACAUAAAUUGGGCCAAUUUCAGUGGUUAGCUAUUGUGCUCAAAGAAAACUUGUGUGCAGACCUCCUUUGUCGAAAGGUGGGUGAGGUAUUUUUUUUCAAACAAGUUUUGAAAUCUACCAACGAAGAAUCCCUAAAUGGCAAAAAACUCCUUACUUCUGAAACUGAAUUUUUAUCGCAGGAGCUUGUAACAUCUCCUUCGUUCCCAAAGGAAAGACACUGAUUGGGUGAAAGGAUUGGCGAUGCUCAGGCAAAAGUUUAAGAAAAAUAAUGGGCCAGAAUGUUUCUUUUUAAUAUAUACCAACAAAAAACUAACACAACAUUUUCAAUAACAUGUGUUAUUCAUAGCCUAAAAAGGCACAUGGUCACUAAGUUCUGGCUGUGAAUGGUACUUAAAAUAAGCAUCAUUUAUUAAUAUUUACUAAAAAAGAAAUGAACAGAAUAAUUUAGAAAGACUAAAAAGUAUGAAAGGUAUGUCUUAAGAUAGAUGUCAAAAGCAAAUAAGUACUAUUUGAAUUGAUCAGUGACUUGAGUUAUUUCUACAGACAUAUUUGUCAAUGGGUUUAAGUAAUGUAAUGGGUAGAAGCCUUCACUGUUUACGUGUAUUUAUUGUUGUUUAUUCUCGGCGUAUUGCGGUGUUUCUUAUUUGCUACAUUAAGUAAUGUUGACUGAAUUUUACCGAUGCGCAAACUUCCCAUUGCUCUUGAGGAUGAUUAAUAGUUGCCUUGUGACUCAAAUAAUGUUGUCCGAGGCCUGCUUCCUGAGAGAGUAGUAUUUUGUCUCAAAAUCUUUCAAAGUUGAAACAUUAGAUUAAACCUAAAAGGAGUUAUCGUUAAAGCCAGCAGAAAAAGAAGUGCACAGUGUUUACUCAAUACCAAACUUUAAAAACGGUCAAUACCAACCUCAAAUACGCUCCAAAAUUAUAAUAAUGUUCGAAGAUUUACCCUGAGUACCACAGCCUCAUAAAUCCGGGGAUAAAAUAUUGUAGACAGCUGCGGUGGCAAAGAAUGAGUGGAUACAGAGGAGUGGAAGGAAAAUAUUUCCAAUCAUUGCUCAAAAAAGUUUUCUGUGACAAGUUUUUAGCUAUAUUUCUCAGACUAAAUAAUGGAGACUCUGGUAUCCAGGGUAGAAAUAGUGGCAACAUAGCAUACUGAAACACAUUUAGUCCGACUCUUCAUCCGAGCCUUCAUUUUCUUCAUGCCCCAAAAAUCUCGCUUAAUUUUAACAAAAAGGCUAAGCCCCCGGAGCCUCCUCUCAACGACAACUCUGGAUCAAUGUUGUGCCUUAAACACUUUUCAAUUCUGCGAAUAAUUAUAAACUCACGUAGGAUCAUACUUGAAAUCAUUACGACGAUGUUGAAAAAGGCUGAUCUCAUGUUGAAUUAGCUAGUCCAACAUUUUAUUAUCGUAUUGUCUUUCAUAAGUAGCUAUUCUAUAACCUAGGUAUAGCUAGAGUAUUGUAUGAUAUUCUAAGUAUAUCAAGUGGCCGAAUGCACCUAUCCUCGAAGGAAGCAAAAUUAAUCACAUCAACAAAACCUGCUGCAUCUGGACAUGCAAGACCAAGUUAAGUCGAUGCCAAAAAGAAGUGUUAAAUUUCUGUAAUUUUCGAGAAAAAGUGGCAUGAAAUUCAACGUUCUUCUUGCAAUUUUUGCUAUAACUUUAACUUUAUGUGGUGAUAGAUUGGUUGGACAUGGAUGUGAAAAUUUCCAUUCUGCUUUUGGGAGGCUGGUCAAAGAGCACAACAGAGCAUCAGGAGAAGGCCUGGUGUUAAGGACUGAGAAAGCCGUCUCAGUAGUCGAAUGCAAUUUGGAAUGUCUGAAAGACGUCCUCUGUGGAGGAACAAAUUUCCGAAAACUGAUCGAUGACGACACUCGUAAUUGCCAGUUGCUGCGGCAUGACUCUUUGGUACAUGGUACAAGAUUCGAGACCGAAGAGGAUACCACUUACACAUUGCUUGAAAGAAAAAAUGGAAUGUGCAAAGAAGAAGAACAAGCUUGCGGUGAUGGGUUUGUUUUGCAUGCAUCAUCCAGAACUUGUUUCUCCGUUUCAAAAGACUCCUCUUCGUGGCUUGGUGCCAAAGAAAAAUGCAAAAAGAUUGAUGCUGUCUUGGCCAAAGUCGAUACAGAUAUCAAGCUCAGAUUUAUACGUUCAAAAUUCAAAAAAUAUUUUCUAUACAUUGGACUCACACAGGGAAAAGGAGGCUUAUUGAGAUGGGCCGAUGGCCAACGAGCAUCAAGUAGAUUUCUUGACCAAGCUAUCAAAAGGAAGAGCUGCAAUGAAACGCAGACCUGUUGUGGGGUUCUUGAAGACCCAAGGCAGCACUCAAAUAUCACGCUGGUAUCUUUCAGAAAUUUCUGCCUCUUGUCUUCAUAUUACGUUUGCGAAAAAAGGUUGGAUAUAAGCAAAGAUGUUUCUUCUCCAUAAAAAAUGCUGGAUAUGUGCAGAACGUUGUUAUGCACCGACAAAUCGUAUCCGACAUUUGCAACACCAUAGAUUAAGCAACAUGAAAUCUAAAGAGUUAAUAAUUCCUUUUUCAUUGCAUUUUUACCAUCAUUCGUGGAACUUUUUCAGUAGCUAAAAAGGUUCUCUAAGACGUAUACUAUAUGUUUCAAAUUCGUAAUUAUUAUAAACAGCGCAAUUAAGUAUCAUAUAGAAACUUAUGUAACUGAACAUCGAAUGUUGUCAAUAAGCUAUAACAACUGCUUUGAUUUUGAGGUCGUUUCUCCUCUCGACACCAAGGAACUGUAAAAGUAGUAAUAUCGAAGUAGCUUUGUGUUCCACCUAAGGCGGGUCUUCAAAUAUUACAAAAUGGUCUUUAUAGAUUAUUUAAAAGUUUAAAAGGCCCCCAAGUUGGUCAUUGAUUUUUAAAAACACGAGUUUUGUGCAAUUUACCGUGAGCAAAUUUACCCUCUCUCAUACGUCCAGAUAUUAGCCCCUAACCUGGAAGUGAAAAUUUUUAAAGAGCCCCCAACCUAGAGUAAGCUUCUUCCUGACAUGUCACUUUUUAUGAAGUGCGUUAUUUCCGUCCAUGAUAUUUUUAGUGUCGGUGUUGACUUGCAAAAUGUUUCGUUUCUCAGAGUGAACUUGAAAAAAAGAGAAAGUUCUUCACAAAUUUGAAUGGCAGUUUUUGGAGACUUUAACAAGCCCUCACCCUUAUUAAAGCCUCUGCUUGAAGAAGUAAGUGUCUUAAACAGUAUCUCAAACCAGUAAGCCCAAAGAGGCUUAUUCGAGGAGUUAUGGCAAUACCACCCAAGAAUCCACACAAAUGAUUGCGAAUCCCUCUAAAUUUCAAGCUAUCAUAAUUGGCAACAAAGAUAAAUAAAUGCAUAAAUGAGUUUAAAACUUACAUAAAUUUUCAAUUAAAAUGAAGAAAAAUGCUACUUUGCUUUGUGUUCAGAUCUAUUAAGAUUUCAAAGUUAAUGCUCAUAUUGAUAAUAUCUGAAAAAACGAGGCUAAAUAGAUGAAUCCUUUGAAAAGAUUAGCAAGAUUUAUGGGGAAUAAGAGAAAGAAAUAAUCAAAAGUGCAUUUAUCUAUGUCCUUUCAACUAUUGCCCAUUGAUAUAGUUGUUUAUGUGGUUAAGAAAGGCAGGACAAUCUAACGAAAUUUAACGAGAGGACAUUACGACUAGCCUAUUCGAACUAUUCAACUUCGUAUAAAGAUUUAUUACCCAAGUAUAUUGCUAUCUCGAAAGAAACUAACAUACACAUCCAAUUUAUUACAAUUCAAGCAAUUGAAGUUUAUAAAAAACUGAACAACGUUAAUCCAACUUUUAUGAAAAACUACUUUGUCCCUAAAACAACAGGUCACAACUUUCGUCUCAAAAACCCUUUUGACGUUCCAAAAGUCAGAACUACCAACAAUGGUGUCAGAUCACGAAGUUUUCAAGGGCCUAAAAUCUAGAAUUCACUCCCAGAAUCAAUAAAGACAGCCCAAAAUACUACUUGUAUUUUGGUAAUUUAAAUAUUUGAUUAAAACUUGGUUACUUAAAAAUAAGUGAGCAUGUGUCAGUAAGUAAGUCGGUGUGCGUUCACUUCGAAACACUAGCAUUAAAUAAUUUAUACAAUACGCCAUUAAACGCCAUUACUAUUAAUUCUUUUUACACAA